UUGAAUCAGUUAUUAUGAUCCAAAUUGAAUACCGAUGUACAGCAUAGGGUUAUAUUAUAGAGAUUCGUGAUACUUGUACAUUCCGAUUACUUCAACAGAUUGCGGUCUCACUUACAAGCAAUAGGAAGACAUUCAAAGUGUUCUUGAAAAUACAUUCGUAGUCGUAGUGCAGAAUAAAAAUGACGCGUUUCAGUUUUAGAGUGCUCGCAGUAAUUCUCUGUGUCAACCGUAUUAUAGCUGAUGAUAAAAACACUCUGAAAAAGACGCUCAAUGACUUGGAUUUCGAUAAAGACUGGGAGGAAUUAACUCCGCUACAACAGGAGAUGGCCUUCGUACGAGUCGGAGAAAAAAUAAAACGCUUGGAAGAAACCGUAAUUGAAAUUGGAUCCGUAGAUUACGUGCUUCGUUUAUCGGAGAAUUUCGUAGACAGAUUUUGUAAAAUGAACAGUAAGGUGAGUGCAGCUGCUGAGAAGGUGAAGAAUCCUCCAGAAGCUGCUAUUCCCCCUCGUCUCAUCAGAGUGAGAGAUGAAGCCAAUACCCGCGCUGAACGCGAAUCUGCCAGGAGACGCAUUGAAACGUUUUACUUCAUAUACCGCCAAUUUAUGGCAAUUUUAGAAAAUAAUGACGAAUCAGAAAACCAAGAUAUCGCGGUAUUUAAGAAAUCGCUGAGCGAGUAUGGCAUUCGUACUAAUGAAGACGCUGCUCUGGCUGGAGCCAAAUUAUACGCAGAAUUAACACACCGGAUUCAUAACGAAAACCUGGAAAGAAAAGUGAGCUGGGAUAACAAAGAAGCGGUGAUUGCUGGUUUAAAAUUUUGGGGCAUCGGUGAAGCUAAUGUUAUCUCGGUAGCUGCAGCUCUACAUGAUUUACGAAGAAUCCGAGGCACAAUAUAAAUAGGUACCUAGAAUUAAGAUACAUUAAUUACUUUAUAGAGUUUUCCUAUUUUGUAAAUAGUAUUUCGCAUUAAACAAAGUUGAACCUAAA